GCUUUUUACCAUGGUGAAAGUCCUGAGCCUUGCGUGCCUGGGGGUGCUGGGCUUUGCUGGGGCCCAGAAGCCCCGCGCAGAUAUCCAGAAGGCCUUCGACCAGUUCCUGAAGGACUUCAACAAAGACUACGAUGAUGUGGAGAAGCAGGCCCGCUUUGGUGCUUUUGCGGACAACUAUGAGUACAUCCAGAGGGAGAACGUGAAGGGUCACUCCUACAAGCUGGGAUUGAACGAAUUCUCAGACAUGACUUUGGAUGAGUUCAAGAUGAACAGGCUCGGGCUUCAGGUGCCGGACGCCAUGUGGGGAUGGGUGAAGGAUAUCUACUACAAUGCCAGCCCAGCUGUUCUGUAUGAGCAGGCGCUGCGGCACGAGGAAGGAAGCUUCAUUACGGCCUCGGGUGCUCUCUCGGUGACAAGCGGGAAGAAGACGGGUCGGUCUCCCAAGGACAAGCGCAUCGUGGAGGAGAACGACAGUGUGCGCGACAUCUGGCUCGAGUUUCAAUUGUCGGCAGGCAGGAACUUGGAUUUCAUUGGUAUGGCAACCUUCGAGAUCAACCGUGAGCGGGCGGUGGAUUACUUGAACACGCAGAAGAGGCGUUGGGACGAGGAGUACAGAAUCCCCAUCCGGGUCAUCACGUCCCGUGCGUACCACGCCCUCUUCAUGCAGAACAUGCUGGUCCCUCCCUCGAAGUCGGAGCUUUUCCAGUUCGAGGCGAACGCCUUCCCAAGGCCGUUCGUGAUCUUCAACGCAGGCUGCUUCCCAUGCAACCGGCACACGGCCGGGAUGACUUCGACGACGUCCGUCGCCCUGUCACUCUGCCGCGGCGAAAUGGUUAUCUUGGGCACCCAAUAUGCGGGGGAGAUGAAGAAGGGUGUCUUCACCGUGAUGAUGUAUCAUAUGCCUCUGCGCCCCGAGCGGCAUCUCUCUCCAGCAGAGCGCGCGCUGCCUUUGCACUCCUCGUGCAAUGUGGGCCCGGGCGGUGAUGUGUCCCUCUUCUUCGGGCUCAGUGGCACCGGAAAGACGACACUCAGCGCCGACCCUGCAAGGAAGCUCAUUGGGGACGACGAGCAUGUUUGGACAUCGAAGGGCGUGUUCAACAUUGAGGGCGGCUGCUACGCCAAGUGCAUCAACCUUUCGCGCGAGAAGGAGCCAGAGAUCUACGAUGCCAUCCGCUUCGGCAGCGUGCUGGAGAAUGUGGUCUUUGACGAGUGGAAUCGGCAGGUGGACUAUGACAAUGUCACUCUGACGGAGAACACGCGAUGUGCCUACCCGCUGCACUACAUUCCCAACGCACUCAUCCCGGCCAAAGUGGACACCCAUCCCAGCAACGUGAUUCUCCUGACCUGCGAUGCCUUCGGCGUGCUUCCGCCGAUCUCCAAACUCACCAAGGAGCAGGUGAUGUAUCACUUCAUCUCUGGCUACACUGCCAAGGUCGCCGGCACAGAGAUGGGCGUCACGGAGCCUCAGGCUACCUUCUCUGCAUGCUUCGGUGGGCCUUUCCUGGCCAUGCACCCCUACCAUUAUGCCGAGAUGCUCGCAGCCAAGCUGGAGAAGCAUGGUGGCCAUGCCUGGCUGCUGAACACAGGC